AUGACGGUCGCUCGCGACCUACACCAACACGAGCAUGAUCAAUCACCACUGACACGCACGGACGUUCACAUGUCUCUUGGUGCGGAUGAGCAUGUUGGGAGCCGGAACACGGAGGCAUCUACAUCCAACGGGUCUCAUACGCACCUCGGCACCACCCCGUCCACUGACAAUGCAGACGAGUUCCUUGCGCGCGCUCAAGCUCUGGGCUUACGUCUUAGCCGUACAGACUACGAACGUACGCGUGCAGGCGUCGCGGCCUUCCUCAAGGCAGAGCGUUUACCACCUGCUUCACCAUCUACAUCAUCGGCAGAGACGUCCACUAAGCGAAACGUCUCAAAUGCUGAUGUUGAACAUCACCGAGAUGUCACGCCACAACUUUCUCGAUGGCUUCGUACGACGAGCGGCCAGCUGAGUUUCUUUACCGCUGUCGUACGUCCCAUGCACACACAACCGACAGAAGAGCACCGCGCACGUGUGACUCUGGACGAGGUGGGCAGCGCCGAAGAGAAACGGCGUCGCCGCAUUCGCCGACGACGCAUGCUUGAGAAGCAAAUGCUGCUCGAAAGUGGCCAUGAGGCUCAAAGUAGGGCAACAUCACCGCCUCUCUCUACAGCUGAGCCAAGUUCACCAAUACGCCUCUCCCGCGAUAACUCUGUUGUGGCCGAAAGCCAUGGCCUAGAAUCGCCUCUCUCCAUUUCCACAGCCCAUGCUCCGAUUCAUGAUGAGCCCUCGCAGCUUGGAUCACCCCCCACAAGCCCAGAUAUCAAAAUGCUGAAUCGCAUGGCACGUGUAGAUCCAGCUGGUAAAUUGUGGCUCGCACCUUCCUCGUCUAUUCAAGACGACGUUCACGGAUUAUCGAGCGAGACUUCCUUUACGCCAGGGUUAGAUGAACACACUCCCGGGAUGGACGAGGGAGACAAUACCUCAUCAGACGCAUUAAACGGAUGGGGUCCGCGUCCUUUCACACGCGCAUCUUCAGGCGCAACAGAUCAACUUAAUGCAUGCAUGAAAAGCAUGAGCCUCCUGGAUCGCAUAAUGAUGAGCAAAACCAGUCCGCGUCGAAUGCGGCGUGAAGCCAAGGCGCGUGAGCGCUCACGAACUGAGGAUGCAGAUGUAGCAGAUUCUUCUACCAUCUCGCUUGUGCCUUCUCAGGAUAAUGCCAUGCCUGACACGAGCAUGUCGAGCUGGGCUGACAUAUCGUCUGAUUACACCACGGAUCCUGACAAGCUCUCUGUUUCGGGAUCUGGUGAAUCUUCAACGCCAGAAACGAAGACGACCCAAAUACUCACGCAAUCAUUGUCCUCGACUCCAGCCCCUGCGCAUCGGCGUUCUCACAGCCGCCACACUAGUCUUUCGUCGCUUCGUCGCGUGCACGCUGUGUCAACACCGCUCCAGGAACAUCAGCGCCCGAGUGAUGAUAUUUCGCCCGACAUUCUGCCUUUUACAACUUUGACGCCUACUUCUCGUUUUGAUCCCAACACACAAAUCACCCCGAUGCGAUACUCUCCCAGCAUGGGUGUAGAUUAUUCAUAUUCUCGUUCCACGUUCGCGUUUUCCCCAAAUCUCAUUACACCUUGGACGCAUCAAGGUCGAUUGAUGUCUAAUGCAGGACUUUCGAAUGUGCCUAGCUCGCCCUUUGUGGCUGGUGAAUGGGCAUCGGGUCAUCAUAUGGCGUCAUCGACAGGGACCAUCCGUGGUGGGGUAAGCAAUUUUGCUUUUUCAUCAACGCCGCUGUCACAUCUUCCCCCCAAUGACCCAGAUCUCAGUGCGCCGUUCAUUUCGUCGCCAUCGCGCCUUCAGUGCAUUGAAUCAUUCCCGGGGCGCUCACCUCAGGGUCGAGAUAUGGACAUGUCGCCCACGAAGCGCCCACUUGUGACAAGUCCCUUGGCCAAUAAGAGCCAAUCAAAACCUACGUCAUAUUCUACUAUGGACCGACCAAGCCCGGUAUCAACGUUGAUGCCUUCCACCACGCCCAGCUUUUCGCCCGUCUGGAGGCAAAUAUCAUCUCUUGAGUCGCGUACACCUCAACGUCGAACGGAUACUAUUAGUCCUGCAGAUAUUUUCGGUGUUUCGGCUACCCAGGCUCAUUUAUCAGCAUCUGCUUCUGGUGUUUCACCGCACGCAGAGUCUGCUGAAUUGCCUGACGCCAUGCCGCCUGUGUCGUCGUUCAACACUCCAAUACCGGCGCCUCGGCAACUCGUGGAGUCACCAAAAAGCACCGACGAUGAUUCAGAGCACCCGAGUGCUCCAUCUGCCACAGUGAGCAUGACGAAUAAUUCUUCACCCGAGUCGCGUUCAUGGCAACAAAACUCGUCACGAUCCCGCUCUUCGAGGCGAAAGAAUGGCGUAUCUCGCAAUCCUUCUACCGCUUUGGCCAAGACACCCGCAUACGGUGAUGAUGUAUUUGCCAAAGAAUCAUUUUCGAUGUCACCUAUUAAGCCAGCAUUCAAGGAUGUGUGCAAUGAAAUGAUGGCGUCAUCUGAUUCUGGACAGACGGAGUGGGAUCAACCUGAUGGGAGUCGUAUUGUCAAGUUGGUGUCAGAAGAGCUUCAGGCAGCAUUGAAUUCCGGCACAUUGGACCACGAACCCGAACCAAGAUACUUUCGCCUGCCUCCCGGACAUGGAUCCAGUAAGUCUAAGCCUUCAUCCGUGUCCUAUGCUGGACUUAUUGGUCAGGCCAUACUAGCGUCCUCGGAUGGACGGCUUAGUUUGGCGGAAAUUUACUCGUGGAUCAGCUCUGUGUACCCAUACUAUGAGCGUGGCGACCGUGGCUGGCAGAAUAGUAUUCGUCACAACCUGAGUCUCAACAAGAGUUUUGUCAAACUGGAACGCGAAUCGUCUAUCCCGGGCAAAGGCGGGUGGUGGGCCAUUCAGCCAGGUCACGAAUCGCGCUUCCAAAACGGCCUCUACCUUCCCAAUGGCGGUCGAAUAGAUGCCCCAAUGUCGCGUUCAAUACGUUCUGCUUCUGUUGCGCCUUCGAAUCCCUUUUCUGAUGAUCGUGCAAGGAGGAAGCGGACGCCGCUGACGCCUAGUCAAACAAACACGGCCUCUCACCGGAAUUCUGAUACCAAGGAUACGAUGCAUCCUUCUUCGGCCAAGAGAACCAAAACAUUACGCCCCAUAAAGUUUAUGCAGGUGCACCCUUCACCGCUUGUACAUCCGCCCACUUCAGACGGAAUCAGCAGUCCAUCCAUUCUCGCGAGUCCAUCUCAUGACAGCAAAACCGACAUGGACAGCUUUGAUACGUCGACAUCUCGUUCAGUGCUGGCCACACCCGGCAAUGGCAUAAAUGCUGCACCAAUCUCAGCCGUGACGAAUGCAUACCGCAUGAGCCCAUCUAUGCAAGUACGAGACUCGCCCUCAUCUGCGCGCGCUUUACUUGAAGGGUCCAAUGCCCCAUCUAAUGACUUGUAUCCGAGUGCAUAUCCCAAUAUGGCUGAUUAUGGCUCGGGGGGCAUGAUGUAUCUGAACCGUGACAUACCUUACCAUGACUAUGGCAUACAAAUGACGUCGUCACCUCACAAGCAUAUCGCCAUGCAUUCUUCAGUGAUGCCUCAGACAUCGCAUCAAGUUGCUUGCAUUCCUGUGCAUAACAUGCCCAUGCCAUUUCCGCACUUACAAGCACAUGUACCACUUGUGCCUGCGGAAUACACACGCUUCACAACAGAGCAGAAUGCCUCCGUGUCGUGGCCAGAUCCCAUGCGUGUCAGUGGUUACAAGCAAGAUGCUCCUUGGUAA